CCAACGGACGCCGAAAUGAAUGCGAACCAGCGACUCAGAACGAGCCACCACCGCGGCGACGGCGGCGGGGGUGGCGGCACCGACUCGCCGGAGCCCGGCAUCCUCAACGAGCGCGUGCUCCUGCUCAUCCUCGAGUCGAUCCAGUGGGACCUCCGCGUGCUCUGCCUCGUGUCCUCGGUGAACCGGAAGCUCCGCGCCGUCGCGAGGCGGCUGCUGUGGCGGGAGCUCUGCGCCCACCGCGCGCCGCGCAUGGUGGCGGCAUUGACCGGCGGGGCGCCGGGCGGGGGCCGGAUCGGCGGGGGGUGGCCGGCGGUGGCGAAGCUCAUGUUCUUCUGCUGCGGGGCGGAGCCGAGCCGGAACGUCCGGCUGGGGCAGGAGCUGCCGGGGCACUUCGCGAGCUCGUCGCGGUUCUCGAAGACGUCGGGGCGGAGCUUCCUGCCGAGGCGGUGCCGCGGGGACGUGCUGUACAUGAGCGACCCGUGCGAGCACCAAAUGGGGAAGGAGGAGGAGGAGGAGGAGGGCGGGGGGCAUCAGGACGACCUCGGGGUGUACCGAGGGGUGUUCAAGGAGUUCAGCUGCUCGAUGACGCGGGCCUGCCUGAUAGGACGCCGGGUGGAGCUCGAGGACCGGGCGUGCCCGUACUGCGGGGCCCGGGUGUGGAGCAUGACGACGGCGCGGCUCGUGCCGCGGAGCGCGGCGAGGAGGCUCGGCUCGCGGAACGGGCGGCUCGAGUACUUCGUGUGCGUGAACGGGCACCUGCACGGCACGUGCUGGCUGGCUCCGCUGUCGUCCGACGACGAGGACGACGACGGCGGCGGCGGCCGCGAGUUCGACGAGGACGAGGACGAGGACAGGGAAGGAGACCAGGACGGCCAAGAUGAGGUCAACGGGGGUGACGAUAGGGCGGCCACGGAUGGGAGCACGAGCUCCACGGGGGAAGAGGUUGUCGGAGAAUGGCGGGGGCCCCACGGAGUGACGAGAUGAUUUCCUGGCCGUUGAUUGGUGUCGGGAUGCAUCACAUCUCGACCU